AUGAGGGCCAUGAGGGCUUCCACCAAGGCCCCCUGUGGUUCCCGGGGCUCUCAAACCUCACCCCACACUCCCCUCUCUCUCCCCACAGGCGGGGGGUGCAUACGGAUCACCCGGGUUCGAGUCCCCCCCACGGUGGAGGUCGGGGGGGCGGCGGAGCUGGACUGCGAGUGGGAGCAAGAGGGUGACGUGAUGUACUCGAUCAAGUGGUACCAGGGAUCCAACGAGUUCUAUCGGUACACGCCCUCCACGCCGCGCCAGGUGCAGAUCUUCGACCCCGACACGCUGGACGUUGACGCGGACAAGUCGUGGGGAGGCAGCGUGAGGGUAUCCAACAUCACACUACAGGCGGAGGGACCCUUCCACUGCGAGGUGUCUGCCGAGGCGCCCACCUUCCACACAGCCUCAGACUCCGCCAGAAUGAGGGUGGUGGCGUUACCAGAGGGCGGGCCGGUGGUGACGGGGGUGAAGGGGCACUACCAGGUGGGCGAUUGGGUGGACCUGACCUGCUCCGCGCCUACCUCACGCCCGCCGCCCACCCUCUCCUACACCAUCAACGGGACGCCGGCGACGCCGGGCUGGGUUGAGAAGCAGAAGAACCUCCGUGCGAGUGGCGGGCGCAGCAACUCCUCGCUUCGCCUCCGAUUCAGCCUCCUGUCUCGGCUUCUGGAGGAGGGCAGCGCGCGCGUCACCUGCGUAGCGGAGGUGCCGGGGCUGUGGCGGCGUGAGGCACGGGUCGCCCUCAGCACCAGACCCUCCUACCAGGCCUCCGUCAGGGGUGGGGGCGGCGGCGGCGGUGGUACUAGUGGUGGCGGAGCGGUGGUGAAAGGUACAAGCUCCUCCCUCCCCUUCCUCCUCCUCGUCCUCCUCUUCCUUCACCUCCUUCUCCUCUCCUCCUCCUCCUCCCUACAAAGUCUUCUAACGCGAGUGUGAGGAGGAAGAAAAGCCCUCCUCCUCCUCCUCCUCCUCCUCCUCCUCCUCCUCCAUCAAGAUCGUUAUGGUACAGAAGGUUUUUGUAAUAUAUCGCUUAUCGUAUAUACGUAAUAAUAAUAAUAAUAAUAAUAAUAAUAAUAAUAAUAAUAAUAAUAAUAAUAAUAAUAAUAAUAAUAAUAAUAAUAAUAAUAAAUGGAGUGAUUGAGGAGAGAGGUAGAGAUGGAAGGAAGGAGAGAAAGGAAGGAAGGGCAGAAAGGUGAAGAAGAAGAAGAAGAAGAAGAAGAAGAAGAAGAAGAAGAAGAAGAAGAAGAAGAAGAAGAAGAAGAACGAGAACAAGGACAAGAAGACGAAGACAAAGUAGAAAAAGAAGAAGAAGAAGAAAAGAAAAAUUAAUCACUCCCUUUAAUAUAUCAUGUAAAUAUAAACAAACAAACACACAAACAAACAAACAAACAAAUAAAUAAAUAAACAAAAUAAAACAAAGCCGAAGAAAACACAAACAAACACACAAACAGACAAACAAACAAACAGACAAAAAAAUAUAGCAAUCAAUGUAUAUGUAUGUAUGUAUGUAUGUAUGUAUGUAUGUAUUAUUGUCCAUACACACACACACACACACACACACACACACACACACACACACACACACACACACACACACUUGUUUGCGCAUUCCUUCCUAAGCUCAUUUUUUUAUUAUUAUUGUUAUUAUUAUACAUCCUCCUCCUCCUCCUCCUCCUCCUCCUCCUCCUCUUCCUUUCAUGCCUUUCCUCCUCCUCCUCUUCCUCCUGCUUCGCCUUGCUUCCUCCCUUAUCCUCCGUCACUAGUUCCCACCUCCUCCUCCUCCUCCUCCUCCUCCUUCUCCUCCUCCUCCUCUUCCUCCUCCUCCGCCUUGCUUCCUUCCUUAUCCUCCGCCACUAGCUCCCUCCUCCUCCUCCUCCUCCUCCUCCUCUUCUGUGGAGGGAGAAAUUCCACAACAUAAAGAUGGGGGAGACUACGCAAGAUGAAAGUAAAGAGGAGGAGGAGGAGGAGGAGGAGGAGGAGGAGGAAUAGUAAUUGAGAGAGAGGCUAGGAAUGCAGAGGAGCAGAGAGAGAGAGAGAGAGAGAGAGAGAGAGAGAGAGAGAGAGAGAGAGAGAGAGAGAGAGAGAGAGAGAGA